AUGUCUCCAUACCGCUUUGUCUAUGGAAAAUCAUGCCACUUACCAGUGGAACUGGAGCACAAAGCUUAUUGGACUGUAUUGACGUGCAACAAGGAAAUAGACAAAGCUGGUGAGGAAAGGCUAUUUCAGCUUCAAGAGAUAGAAGAAAUGAGACGAGAAGCCUAUGACAACUCUCGAAUGUACAAGGAAAAGUUCAAGGCCAUUCAGGACAGUGGUAUCUUGAGGAAGAAUUUUCAGCUUGGUGAUAAGGUUCUCAAAUUCAAAGCUCGAUUCAAGUUUAGAGAUGGGAAGCUGAAAGAAAGAUGUGAUGGACCUUACACCAUAACAAAGGUCUUUGGCUAUAGAGCUUUUCAACUCAAAGAUGAAAAGGAUGGCACUACACAUCUAGCCAAUGGACAUCUCUUCAAGCUUUUCUAUGGCAAGCCUGCAGAAACAUAA